UCCUCUCCGCCCUGACGGCGGCGAGGACUGUGGCAGCGCCUGGGGCUCCGGCGGGUCUGCGGGCUGCGGGCCGCGGGCCGCGAUGCUGAAGGCCAAGAUCCUCUUCGUGGGGCCCUGCGAGAGUGGAAAAACCGUUUUGGCCAACUUCCUGACAGAAUCUUCUGACAUCACUGAAUACAACCCAACCCAAGGAGUGAGGAUCCUGGAAUUUGAGAACCCACACGUUACCAGCAACGACAAAAGCACGGGGUGUGAAUUUGAGCUCUGGGACUGUGGUGGCGAUCCAAAGUUCGAGUCUUGCUGGCCAGCCCUGAUGAAGGACUCUCACGGGGUGGUGAUCGUCUUCAAUGCUGACAUCCCAAGCCACCUGAAGGAAAUUGAGAUGUGGUAUUCCUGCUUCGUCCAGCAGCAGUUUUUACAGGAUACUCAAUGUCUGUUAAUUGCACACCACAAACCAGGCUGUGGAAGUGACAAAGGAAACCUGGCUUUGGCGCCACCCUUGAACAAGCUGAAGCUGGUGCACUCAAAUCUUGAGGAUGACCCAGAAGAGAUCAGAAUGGAGUUCAUAAAGUAUUUAAGAAGCAUAAUCAACUCAGUGUCUGAGAGCAGAGACCGGGAGGAGAUGUCAAUUAUCACCUAACCGGCCUUCACCUAGACGCUUCCGCAUCCCAAAUGAAGUCAAUUUCAGUGCAGAUCUGAAAUCCAUCCACCUACUAAGGUUCUCAUCUCCCUUUGGCUGUAGAAGACAUUUUCCUUAUUUGGCCAAAGGUAACAGUCAGCCAGGGAGUUGACUCAUACCAUCUAUUCUCUGUCCUCAGUUCAGCUGAGAAACUCCUGUUGUUGAAUUCUGAUUCCUUUGCCCCAGAUCUCUCCAGAGAGCUGGAAAACUGAGGUGGUUUUUUUUCCCCUUCACAUUAUGUCAUACUGUAAAAGUUGUGGAAUUGUAACUGUCAUAGCCCAGUGAUACCAACAGUAGUUUAAUCCACGUAGGUUGGUUUAAAUGUGAUUUUCAUUCCUUAAUCUGUACAAUUUGCCUAGGAUAUUUUUGAAAAAUAUUAGCAUUUAACCUCUCCAAGAUUUUAUUUUUAUUUAGAUGCCCUUGAUAUCUGGACACCAUAUCACACUGGAAGGUGGAAUACAUAUACAUCCCCUAAAAACGUUUUUUAUUAUCUCAGGGGAAUUUAAUUCUUAAAUAUUAUUUCAUGUAAUACAGGGAAAAGCAAUGUUUUGUUGUCAUAACAACCAUUUGUAAAACUAGUCAAAAGAUUUAAUGCUCAGGAUAAGCAAAUAUGGUGAGUUUAUAGCUUAUUGUACAAGUGAGUUUGUUUUAGUGAUCUUAUGAAUUAUUGUUCUUUCAUAAUUUGUACUUUUUGAAUUUUUUAAUACAGCCAACCUGAAAAUAUAUUAAGUAGAUCAAAAGUUAGAUGUAGGGACUUCCCUGGUGCCGCAGUGGUUAAGAAUCCACCUGCCAGCUCAGGGGACAUGGGUUCCAUCCCUGUUCCAGAAGAUUCCACAUGCCGCAGAGCAGCUAAGCCCAUGAACCACAACUACUGAGCCUGCGUGCCCCAACUACUGAAGCCAGUGCGCCUAGAGCCCGUGCUCCGCAACAAGAGAAGCCACCACAAUGAGACGCCCGCGUACCGCAACGAAGAGUAGCCCCUGCUCGCUGCAACUAGAGAAAGCCUGCACGCAGCAAUGAAGUCCCAACGCAGCCAAAAAAAAAAGUUAGAUGUAGGUCUUUUCAACUGAGAGUGGAAGAAAAGUAGAGACACAAGAGAUGAAAAAUAUGCUUGGCUGCGUUUCACUCUUACAGUGAAGAGGGCUGAAAUGCAGCUGUGUGGGCAGUCUGCUUGAGAGAGUGGUGUUGGCAGAUAAUGACAGUUCCCUGGUAAUUUAUUUAUUUAUUUAUUUAUUUUUACAUUUUAUUUUUAUUUAUUUAUUUUUGGCUGCGUUGGGUCUUCGUUGCUGUGCGCGGGCUUUCUGUAGUUGCGGCGAGCAGGGGCUACUCUUCAUUGUGGUGCAUGGGCUUCUCAUUGUGGUGGCUUCUCUUGUUGUGGAGCACGGGUUCUAGGUGCACUGGCUUCAGUAGUUGCGGCACACAGGCUCAGUAGUUGUGGCUGACGGGCUCUAGAGCUCAGGCUCAGUUGUGGCAUACAGGCUUAGUUGCUCCGCAGCAUGUGGGAUAUUCCCGGACCAGGGAUCGAACCCGUGUCCCCUGCAUUGGCAGGCAGAUUCUUAACCACUGUGCUCCCAGGGAAGCCCCCCUGGUAAAUUUAGGUUGAACUACAGUCAACUCUUAGUAAACUGCCUGGAUUAUCCGUGAGCACAUUUUAGGCCCAGGUUAAUUUCCUUCUGCCUGACCUGCUCUCAGUUGGAACUUUUGCAAGGAACACAAGAUUAUGUUAAUGCAAACUGUAGUAAAUCUUCUUUACGUAAUAGCUGCAAUAAUAAUAAUUGAUCUUGAGACUACAGCUCCAAAACAGAGAUUAUUUUUAUCUGAUUUUUAAUGAUUAUCCAGGAGCUCAAUAGAAAAAUUAACCCAGCAGCUUUCAUUUAUGUUCAUAGCCAGAGUACAACCCUUGUGAGCCCUUGAAUCGAGAAAAAUGUUUUAAAAUUUAAGAGGCCACAUGUGCACAGGUUACAAGAGACCAUUUAGUGAAGAAGUCUCCCUGUCUUCCCUGUCCCCAAACCCCAUUCCUGUGCACAUACGAUUGUGCUUUAUUAAUGGAAACAGUAGCAAACUAUUCACACUUUUUUACAACUUUUUUCACUUUUUUUAUUUGGAGGAUUUGUGUAACUAUAUACAGAGCUGCCUUUUUCUUUUUUACAGCUGCGUAAUAUUCCACUUAAUCAUUUACUUGGGAAUUUUAUAUUACAAUUACUAACAAUUUAUGUUGAAAUAUUAUAUUUUUAUUGAUGGACAUUUUAAUGGCAUUGAAAAACAUGAUUUGGGACACAAGUACGUUGAAUGUGGAAUUUUAGGGAAGUGGUUUCAACCAUCAGCGCUUUUGAGGGAAGGAUAAGACAGCUGGUCUUAGAAUCCUACUUCUGAUUUACAGUGUCACAGAACCAUUUUCUAAGUGCACAAUGAUUUUUGCUGUGUGUACUGGCGUAUGGUUAAAAUUCCUUUCUCUGUAUCACAGAUGUGACAAGGCACAUGAAAGCCACAGAAGCAUGAAACAGCUCAGACGUGUGGGAAACUUGGUAGUGGAUCGUCACUCAAGGAUGUGUGGAGGAGGGAGUGUCUGAGUGAGUGAGGCGGAGUGUGUGGAGGAGGGUGGGUGUGCGUGUGGGUGAGGAGAGAGGACCAGGGGUCAGAUGGUGAAGGGCUUCUUACACCCGGCCAAGGUGUCAGGGUUUGAGCUGCCACUGAAGGAUGUUCACUGCAGGUUGAUGUGGUCGGAUCUCCAUGGUAGAAAAGCCCCUCUGACCGCAGUGUGAGGGCUGGAUCAGAAGGAGGACGAGUGUAGAGGUGGCGGCUGUCAUUCUUUGGUUUGUGGCUCCAUCACUCCAGUUCUUCAAGGCCAGCAUCUUCAAAUCUCUCUCUGCUCCAUCUUCACAUUGCCUUCGCCUCUGUGUAUCUGACUCAAAUCUCCCUCUACCUCAUUCUUGUAAGGAUACUUAUAAUUGCAUAGGGCCCAGGAUAAUCUCCCCAUCUAAAGAUCCUUAAUUUAGUCACAUGUGCAAAGACGCUUUUUCCAAGCAAAGUAUCAUUUACAGGAUGUGCACGUUACAGGGAGUGGGGCCUGAUGUCUUUGCGGGCCGUUAUUCAGCAUACCACAGGUGCUGUUCACUGAGGCAUUAAUGGAAGAGGAGGACCAGGUUUUGGGGGGGUGACAAAUGACUAGUUCAAGGUGACUCAGCAAGUUAGGGACAGGGACAGAACUGGAUCCCAUGCCCCCACUCUUUCCACUGUCUUGUGUAACUGGGCAGAUGAGUCUACAAGUGGACCUGGCUAAGAGUCUCACCCUUUGAGACUGAACCUAGUAAAGCAAUAACAACCACAGCAACAACAGCAGGGCAAAUAACCAUUUUUGGAGCUAAACCACCCAGAAAAUGGUUUGCAAGUAUGUUGCAGAUAGAUCUAGCAUCAUAUUUCUUGAAACCAAUCAAAUGACCAAGUAGUAUUCUGAAGCUCUGUUGUAAAGAAAAUUACAACUUAUAUUGUAACCUGAAUGUCCGUAUCUCAAAAUUGUUCAGGAAAGCUCCUGGAGAUCAUUAUACAUUUGCUGGAAUACCAGAAGACCCUUAUGUCCAAAGUGUAGGCUAAGUUGCUAUAACAACAGAUGGAGCUUUGCUGGUAACUGAGAACAUAUAAGAGUUAAUAAAAGAGCAGUGCUCCUGAUACCCAUUGAAAAGGUAACUGCAUUGGUACCACUUAAGAAAAUCAUUCUGAACUGUGGCCCUUCUAGAUCUUGACUUCAGCCUUCCCCACCUGAUUCCUGAGAACUACAUGAAUAUCCUGGCCUUGGCUGAUGCUUUUUCAACAAACAUACUCUUUCCUCAGGCAAGAAUUGAAGGAUUCUACAUUUUAAAAACCAAAACCAAAGAAAUUAAAUAAAUGAGGAAGAUGGAAACUCUGCUUUUGAAUGUUAAGAAGAGAUUACGUAUUUUUGACUGUGACUUCUAAACGGCUUUAUCAGUUAAAUAAUUCUCUAUGUUUAUGAUCUGGGCCAUUCUUCCUACCGAAGUUAAAAGCUAAUGGAAAUGUUCUGUCUGCCAAGUAUUCCCACUUCAUAAGGAAAGUUUCUUGGUGCUUUGAUGUGGGCAACACCUCAUCUGUCUUCUUACACGUACAGUUCAUUCCUAUCUGGGCUUUCUGAUAGCCUUUAAAAGUAUGCCUCCUUUCUCUAAAGCCUCAGGCAGAUUCACUCCACGCUUACAGCUCUUUGGAUCAAGUGUAAUUAUAGAUCUUAGACUUUCAAAGUGUUGUGUAAAAAAAAAAAAUCUAUUAAGACUGUUUAUAAUC